AUGCCCUCGCCAGAAGGCGGUAUAUCUUCAGCAAUAAAGUCCAUCUUCUGUUGCUCUAUCCUUCGUAGAACUCAGUCCGUUGUCCCUAUAUCUUCAGAAGUAGGAUCCUCCCACGAAAACGGAGAGGAACCAUCCACCGACUUUCCGACUACACACAUAUCUCAGUCAGACCUAGAAACAUUAAUAGGCGACGAUAUAGCACCUUUUCCUGUGGACUACCCAACCACACCUGUCGAACACGCGGCUAACACCUCUCCCACCCCGCGGACUCUAGAAGACCGUCCCCGGUCUCCAAUUAUAAUCAUUCUUCCUCAAGUCCCAGAUUCUCCUGAGACACCGUCUCCACUAAUUCAACUACCCGCAAUGUUUUCUCCAACAGCGCUGUUCAGGCUCUCCCUCUGCCACGAGGAUAUAUACGCCCUAAGACAUUUACUAUCCCAGUCUCCAUCUAUGGCAGCUUACCGUUCUGUACUCCCGCAGAUUUACCAAAUUCUGCGGAGGGAUGAGGUACGUUAUUUAUUUAAUAAUGGGGAUGAUAGGGAUUACGUGGUCAUCGGCGAGAGAGUGCGAUUUUGCGAAGAAAUACUCGAAGUAGCAUAUUGGGAUGCAGACUCUGGUGGGGAAAGACGACUGGCAGGAUGGGUCGAAAGAGGGCUCGGUGGGGUUAUCGAAUCAAACCCAACCCACCAGCCCUCCCUAACGCUCCUUGGACGACUCUGGCUCCUGCGGUCCCAGGAAUACCUAAGCAAAAUCUCCGAGGAUGGAUCCAAUUCCUCUUCCUCGGGGGGUUCCUUCCCCUUUACCAAUACUGACUGGACUUCAGCCGACGAAGACCGCGAUACAGUCGAACAAGACCGAAAACGCCAGGAAGGCGUGUACGUAGAUGCUCGUACCUGUUUAUUUCCCGCCGUAGAAUUUCUAGGACGAGCAGUGGAAGCAAUGGAGGAUGGCCGUGGGGGAGUAUUAGGGGAUGUUUAUGUUUUCCAAGCAGAAGCGAAUAUGAGCCUGGGAAACGUAACCGUCAGUUCUGAGGCGCAACCGUACUUUAGAACCGCGGUCGAGGCACUGAAGAAAGCGAGUAUGAUCGAUGGAUUUAGGUUGCCGAUACAUCUUGAGAGAUACCUCCGAUCUUUCGAAUUCGUUUUGUACGACGAUUAG